GGAACAGACACAGGGAGGGAAACAGCAGCCUUUAUCAGAAGAUCUUACAGAUAACUCUCUUAAUCCAGUUUUAAUUUGGCUUCUAUUUUUUUGACAGCUCGCUGGAUGAGAUGCAUUGCCUGAGCAGGAAGCCCAGGUCAUAUCUGCUGAACUCCUACAAUGAUUUUCAGGAGACUGAUGAGAUUGCCAGAGAAUCAUAUGAGGCCACCUGGUUAGACCUACUGAUGGAGACAAGACCCGAAUACAAGAUGACACUUGUUGAAAAGGACUCAAUGAGAAAGGAGAGCUAUGAAAGCAAGCAAGUGGUUCAUUUCUCAGUGAGAUGUUUCCUAAACCAAACAAUUCACAUGGGGAGAGAUGGGGAGCCACUGCAGGAAUAUUGUUUACCUUACAGAAACACUCUUCCAAUACCAAUAUUUGUGCCCAGAGAUGUCACACAGCCUGACAUUAUCCGUGAGCCCUCUCCCUCCAGAACAAAAUCCACCAUGGACUCUGAGACUAGUUUAAAUGGAGUUUGCCUUCAGAAGAGAGAGGUCUCGUCCAUCACCGAACAUAAGCCAAUGGUAAUCCAACCCAGGAGUCCAAACUUCAGAGUGUCCAGCCUCAUCUCUCCACCACGAGACACACUCAGCUUCCAGCGAAGAGAAUGAUGAGCUGAUGAAAGCUGUCUGCCAUCAUUGACACGGAUACAGUGACAAGUAUGGUGGGUGACCUCACUCAUACUUAAAUACCAAAGCCUUCAAGAGCCCCAUAUGCUCACAAUUUGUUUUCAGCUGAGACUACCAGCGAAACCUUAUCAAAGGAAAAUGCUGUGCUUCAAGUAUUUAUUUACAAUAAAUGCCACUUGGUGUGUUAACACAAUAACAUUAUUCAUUUUCUAAAUGUGCCUUAAGUGUCCAAAUCCUUGCAAAACAAAAUAAAUGGGGAAAUAGGAAAUAUUUAGUAAUGGUCUUAAACCUGAAUAUUCUAAAAACAAUCAUCAUCUGUUCAAAACAGCUAGUUCUUGGAAAUAAAUCUUUUAAAUA